GGAGGCGAUCGGGGGACAUCGCGGGGUGUCCGCAGGCCGCCCUCCUUCUUCCUCCCGCCUCAUCGCGCGUCCCCUUGGAACGGGAGGCCGGGGCAGCUUGUCGGGGCUCGGACUCUGGGGCGACCGCCUUUCCUGUGGGGGCGGAGGCGCGUCCCCCACUUCUGGGCGGCUCCAGCACCCUAAGUUGACCUGAGAGGCCUUCGUGAAGCAGCCCCCGUCGGGGGAGGGGACCCCAUCCCCUCCCCCACCCUCCGAGCGCCCCCAGUUUCGAAGGUCGGCCCCAUUCCUCAGCGAACACCUGUCAGAACUUGCCCCUUUCACCCAAAGCGGCUGAGGGGCUCUUCCUUUUUUAUUUUGGCACAGCGGAGUGAGAAGAGCUGCUGCCCGUCAUUCCUUGGGGGGAUUCUGCCUAGGAUCGUACCCCCUCCCCUAAUUAAAGGACUGCCUUCUCCUUCAGUGUCCAAGGAAAUUCUGAAGGAAGAAGCCUCAGCCGGAAGAUCACCUUGCUUAGAGCUCAGCAAUUGAAAGAGGAGUGAAAAGCAAUUUUUAUCAAGGGACUGUUGAUUUAGAAGCCAGAGCAGUCUUCUGGGAAGCAGAACAACUUCAGCGGCAAUCCAGCCCGAGUCUCUUUAGUUACUUCCAUUUUUACCACCACCAUUAGGAUCUCAACGAUGGAUCUAGUGUUCCUGGUCAUCAAUGGCAUAGGGAUGAUUUUAGACCUCUUGGUUAUCUUGCUGGAUGUCAACUUCUUCCUUAUUUCUACUCUGGUCUCUCUCCUGAUCUGGCUUGUUGCAUUUGUUUACAACCUACCCAAUGCCUUGAUAGCCUGCGUGUUCCAGUGCUGGAAUGGGGUUGUGCUGUUUUUCCUAUGCAUAGCGGAGGCAAUGUAUUACUUGACUCUGAGCUCUUUACACACCCUUGUCAGCUUACUGCGGGGCUUCUGUUCUAGCAUGGAGAGCUUGAAAGUAGCAGGCCACCUGUUCAACCACUUGACGCUGAGAAGCAAAGAAAUUAUGCACCGAAGUUUCUGGAACCUGGUUGGUUCUGGCCAGUCACUUCUUAGGCAAGUGUGCGAAGUGUGUGCCAUUAUCAUGAGCCUCGUGGCUUACUUCAUCAACAGCAUCAUCAACAUCUGCCUCAUUGGAACCCAGAACCUUUUUUCCUUGGGGCUGGCCCUGUGGGAAACUGUCGUCGGCCCCUUUCUGAGAGUCACGGACAUCUUCGCCACUUUCGUUGCACGACUGUCCAGUAGUGCUAUUGCUAUGGUCAUCCUCCUGUGGACACCUUGCCAGCUGGUAUUUGAUCUCCUGGCCUCUGUGAGCAAGUCGCUGAUCAAUGUUUUCUUCCUCAACCUGUAUGGCUUGGUGUGGCUGUCUGUGAUUCUUGCCGCCAGUGUAUUAAUCCUGAAUCCUCAGCUGACGUGGACGCUGGUGAACCAGGUGUCUGACUACUUGAACACCAUGCCUUCUUAUCACCGCCUGCUCAGGGACAUCCGCCGCCUCUAUCAAGUUGUUCUCCUGUCGCUGGAAAUGAUCUUGAGCUCACAAGCUUGGCGCAGACUGGCUGACUGGAGUCUCCAGGUGGCCAGUUGGAACACCGGUGGCGGGGGACCAAACCAGCAUGGAGAACAAGAGGAACAGCUCGUGGCUGAGGCCCACCAAGAGCGGCCAGCUAUAAUUACUGUGGUUCAGAGACCAGCUCUCCCUGGCGCAGCUCAGCCCAGAAGGCAAGGGCCCCCUGCGGCCAAUCAGCAGGCCGCAGCCCGAGUCCCACCAAGAGGCGGCAGAGACCAGCACCGGAAUGAUGUUGACGCGGGAUCAGCCGCACCACGCGGUGCACCAGCAGGGCAGCACCUUCCGCCUCAAGGGGAAGGGCCCAGUGCACUGCAUGCCAAACCUUCCACAAAAGAGCAGUUAAAUGCUCUGGAGGAGGACAGUGACCCAUGGCUUCUCCUCAAAGAACAAGAGGAACGGAAGAAGUGUGUCAUCUGCCAGGACCAAACCAAGACAGUCUUGCUCCUCCCGUGCCGGCACCUUUGCCUUUGCCAGGAAUGCACUGAAAUCCUGCUCCAGCAGGCCAUCUACCAGCGCAACUGCCCACUCUGCCGGCAGAUGAUCCUGCAGACUCUCAAUGUUUAUCUGUGAGCUGUGGGGGGGACAAUUUUAUCCACAUUCUAUCAAGCUUCCCAGCGCUUGGGAUCUCAGCCCUUUCUACCGGCUUUCCAUGGCAGUUCGUACGGAAAGGACCUCUUUGCUGAUCCUUGGUGCCUGCAUUAGUUACUUUUUUAUUUCCAAAGACCUGUUGUAACCAGUGGAACUUGGAAAACACUAUGAGUGGUCUCUAUGCACUUCUGUUGUCAUUCUCCUGUUGAAUCAGAAAGAACAGUGGCUGAUCACAGUCACAGGCUAAAACUUUACUCUUGUUAAGGGUGUGGAGUUUCUCAGUGGAGCCUUCAUGUUGAGUAUUAAAAAAUGGGGCUUGAAAAUUGUCAGGUGUUUGCUAGGCAGAGGCUGAUGAUCAGUAACCAUGGUAGGGAACUGGCGAAUGCAAAGAUUCCAGGCUCUCUAUAAAUUGGUGUGUAGAAUAAAGAAUCCCAUGGCAGGUGUCAUUGGUAAACAUGCCUGGAAUGUAGACUGGGAUCAUUUUGCCUGUUUUUGCUUUGAGAGUAUCCCUGGACAUUUUCAGCCCUGUAUUUCCUUCUAGAUGAAUAGGUGAAACUGACAAGCAGGACAGCUUUCAUAGCUCUUUGCAGAACAGGGUCUGGUUAACGUGUGUUUGUGAUUCUGCUAGUAGAAAGUUAUUCAAGCUCUGGUCCAUAGGCUUCUGACUGGUGCUAUCAGCAUAAGGAGACAUUAAUUAACUUAGGUUAUACUUACAGAAAUCCUAAAAUAUGGAGGCCCUUCUAAGAAGCGUGGCCAAAGUGUUAAGGUUUCGCUCUCACUGAUCAUCAUUUUAAUAUGUAACUUUAAAAGAACUGUGAUAAUAUUGUUAAUUCAAGCCAUUUUUCUUCUCUAGGUUUUUUUCCCUGUCCAUUUGUUUUAGGUCUUCAGACUUAUGAGAAAGGAAAGCUGGACACCAAAUGCAUAGCUUUAGAGCACACAAAUGCCUCCCAGCUUAUGCGGGAGUUAGGUAGAGUCUUUUUGUGCUUGCUGGCAUGUAACUUCCACAGGUCACUAUGCAAAAUCAUGCCAUUCUAACCUUCUUGCACAACUGAUUGACUGACUCUCCCCAACCCCCUCUGGAUUAUGUGGGGCUAAACAGCUGUUAAGAUUAUUGUUGCUUGCUAACACAGUGCAGUUUCAGCAGUAGGACUGAAAUCCAAAUACUUCACUUCUAGGCCCUUCUGAAUCUGUUACGUGGACUGAGAUUGAAGGGAAAAAAGCGGGGAGGGUUAUGAUCUGGUUUAAGCCAUUCCUAGAUUGUUGAUUAAAGCUGAUUGAAAGUGAAAGUGGCAGGGAUGCAAGAGCUGGUGCACUCAGCCCCUUGUUCUGGUCCCAGCAACACUUGAAUUGUCCUUGCAAGUGAAUGGAGACUAUGCCGCCUUGCCUGGGUUGGAUUUGAGCGGAAUGGGCACCUCCUUAAGAAAGGCAGACUCCCAAUCCUACAGUUUAAAGUCCUGUAAGCUUAAGAUUUCAAGCUACUGAGAGCAAAUUUGAUGGUACCUGUGAAGAAAGGGAGGGGAUACUGGCUGGUUUUGUUUGACUGUCAUUCUUGGCAUAAGAAUAGCUUUUGGAUGCUUUCCUUUCCAGAGCCAGACAGUAAAUAUCCAUAGCACUGCUUCUCCAAAAUAUAGCAAUAAGAUUGAGUCAAAAGCUUGUGCCCACAGAAUAGCUGUUGUUGACCUAUGAUCUCGCCCAUGGUUACAGUGAGGAGGGCAGGGGCUUGCUGGGACAUGCACAGGCAGAAAUGGCUAGUUGCUUUAAAGUCUAAAUCGAAAAAGGAAUCUGAGAUGCAUGCUGCAGAUGAAUUUUGUUUUCUGAGUUACCAAAUUAUUGAUAGCUGUUCUGAUCUAAAUGGACCAUGACACCUGGGCCAGAGAGAUAUUUGCAGUCUUGAUACUGUGGUCAAACACAGCUUGAUACUGGACUUUUGAAUGCACCAGGUUUCAGGGUCCUCCUCAUCCUAAAAGUGUUUGCUUGGAAAAUAAAGCUCACUUCCCAGGCAAGUAUGCAUCAGAGCAGAGCUUUUGCCUCCCUGUCACAGAUGAAGUCCAGCGGCCAAAAGGUCAGCUGCUGCUUCUGCGGCAGGCUUGUGCAAUGUGUUUGAACACUUUUGCCCUUGUGACAUUGCUUGAUAUCUGCAGAGGUUUUGCAACUCUCGCCCCAAAUGCUUUAGGGUGCUAAACUUCACUGUGCAAAAUGAGAGUGAAAAGUGAAAUCUCAAAGUGGAUUUUCCAGUCUUGAGAGCAAGAGUUCCUAUCUUUGCCUCAGCAUCCCGCCUGAUAAAUCAGUUGCUAACUCUUCAAAGCAAGUUUUAAGGGCUAUCACUGGUGCCAUUCAAAAAUAAGGAAGAAAUGUCUCUAAUAGGAUGUAUUUAACCUAAAUUUGCAUUGUGUUCAUUAACUAGGUGUUACUGAUUGCCUCCACAAAGGCAGUUGACCAGUCUAGCAACUACAUAGGAUUUGUUCCCUAUUUUAUCUGCACUUAAUAUUUAACUGUUACCAAAGGCUGUUUUGUUUUUAUUUUAUUUACUUGGAAAUGCUUCUGCACAUUUUUAAGUUUUCAACACUGGCAUUAAAUUGGCGGAGCCCUGCUGAUUCAUGGCAGAGCACUGCUGAACUUUGGACUUGGGGGAGCCACAGCACCUCUCUGGAUGCAUUUUGUGUGCAGCCAGAGAUGGGUAGUUGAAAAACCAGUGUCUGUUAAACUGAGUGCCUUAAUGGCGGCAGGCCAGAGGGAAAGACUGUGACCCCAGUUCACAUAAUCACAGGGGGAAAGUGAGCUAGAGUGGCUUAUUUUCCUCCCCUGCACCUGCUGGUCACAUGCCUCCUAAACCAGCAUGAUUAUCCUUAACCCAGUGUGGGGUGUUGUGACAUCCAAACCCCAUGAGAACGGGCUGACUUACGAAUAGCUGUGAAACCCCAUGAUUUGUUCCAGAAUUUAAAGUAAUUUGUAGGCCACCUCAGCCUUGCACCCGGGUUGGACGGCACGGCAACCUGUACUGAUGAGGAUACUUACGCUAACCAAGUGUUGACAGCCAGGGCCAGAAAGUGAGCCACUGAGGCGUAUUUUUCCUCCAUGAUCAUGCAGACCCAUCCAGUGCUGACAAUAUGCUAGCAAUAAAGUCGACAAAAGCAAGUAA